GGGGGCAGCGCCCACCGCAGCGCACCGCGAGCGCCAUGAGGGAACUGCGACGAUGGGGCAGGUCCUGGGUGUCCCAUUGCAAAGAAUCUCCUUCUACUGUCUCCACCACACCCGACUCCACAGAUGGCGGUAAUGAUGAGUCGGAUUUCCCAGAGCUGCAGACGGCGCGGGAGUUCUCCGAGGACGAGGAGGAGGAGACGUCCCUGGACUGGGGGACCCCGAGGCUCCCGGGGUGGGAGGAACCACAAAAUGCCAGGCAGGUAUUGGCAUGGCACCCCUUAUUUGGGCAGCAGAGCAGCCGGGCCUCACCGACACCAGAAGAUGCUCCGGAAAUGCCGCCAGGGGACAGCCCGCGACCCAAGGCCCUAAUGCCGUGUCCUGCAGGGGGCACCCCUGGGCUCGCUUACACCGAGGGCAGCCAGCACCCACUGCAGACCUCAGCUGCCCCCAGCCCAAGGGAGGAGGAGCUGGAGCCACAGGUGGAGGGGGAGCAGGCAGAUAUGGAACCAAUCACAGAACAGCAGCUGGAUGGGCUGGACAAAUUCAGGAACACUCUGGGAGUAUACAUCAUAGUGGCGGACCUGGUGUACUGGCGGGACACCCGCACCUCGGCGCUCGUCUUCACCGGCGUCAUGGUGACUCUGCUGAGCCUGCUGCACUUCAGCAUCGUCAGUGUAGGCUCCUACGGCGCCCUGGCCGUGCUGGGCAUCACCAUCACCCUGCGGCUGGGCCGCAAGGGGCUGCAGGCCCUGCGCCGCUCCGACGGCACCAACCCCUUCCAGGCUCAGCUGGACGCAGACUUGCCGCUGUCCCAGGAGCAGCUGGAGCGCCUCGCCACGCAGCUCAGCCGGGACAUCCUGGCGGCCGCCCACACCCUGCGCCGCCUCUUCCUAGUAGAGGAUCUGGUGGACUCGAUCAAGUUCGCCUUCCUGUUCUAUAUCUCACCGUACGUGACGGGGCCGUGUUCAGACGGUGUGAUAAGUGCAUUUACUUUCCCCCUGCUCUACCGGCAGCACCAGGCACAGAUCGACCAGUACGUGGGGUUGGUGAGGAACCAGCUGAGUAACCUCAGAGCCAAGAUUCAGGCCAAGCUCCCAAGUGCCAAAGCGAAGCCAGAAUGAGCGACUGCCCUGGUCUGACUCACAGCAACGAUGCCCCUGCUCUCCCCCCACCCGCCUGCCACCCUCACCCCAGAACCACCCCCACUGGUGACACCCCCCCACCCCAGGGAAAAGGGCCAGGGCCCCUCUCCUGAUCAGGAAGCUGCCUACAGCUCAGCCCCUGCGCUGCCGCCCUGGCCCUGCAUGUUGUGGGGCUGGGGCAGGAGGCAGCUCCCCGCACAUUCAGGGCUCUGGGGGUGACUGAGAAGGGCUCCCGCCAUUCGGCCACCACCCUGCCAUAACAGGAGACUCCUGCAUGCCACCCUCCUGCUGGGCCCUGCCUGCUUCUAAGCCGCAGCCCCAGCAUGAGCCCGGCAAGGCCUGGCCCUGUGGAGUGGGAGUGGGGAAGGGGCAGACCCCUGGCUUCUCAGGGCUGGAGGGGUCUGGUUUCCCGGGGGGCUCAGACCCAAGUGAAUUUAGGGUCUGUGAUUGGCUGGGAGGUCAGGGGCUGGCAGCCUGUUGUGUCCGAGCCCCCCCCCCUGCU